ACCGAAUAAUAAAAUCCUAGGAGGAAGAAGAUUAGCCUAUAAAUAUUGAUCGUUUAAAAAUGAAUUUUUUACAAAAAUUUACCCCAAAAAUUACCAGAUUGAUAAAAUUUCAAUAUGUUAACCCAUUUUCGAGUGGAAGUUUAUAUGAACCGGAUUAUUUAGAGGGUAUGAAAUCAAAAGUACCUCUUUACGAUACACUCAACAUAGAGUUAAGAGGAUAUGAUUACCCAAUACUGGAAAGCUACCAAAAAUACUUAAACAAAUUAAUAACAAAUAUGGAUAUUACUGUUGAAGAUGCCUGGGCUACUCCAGCACAAGAUUUACAGCUAACAACUUAUAAACCAAAUAGUGAACUUGUCAAUACACAAUACAAGUUAAGAAAAUAUCACAGGACAUUACAAAUUACAGAUAUCUCCUCAUUACAGCUUCCAAUGUUACUUAGAGUGCUUGAAAGUAGUACACCACCUGGAGUUACUAUUAAAGUUUUACCACAUGAAGAUGAUCAUGAAGAAGUUCGAUAUGUUCCAGAUAGUGAAUUAUUACAAUUAAAACACGAACUUGAUGAACUAGGAGGGCCAAGUAAAAAGAAAUAAAUAAUUAUUAUGUAGGUUAACUGUAUUUUAUUAAAUAAAUAAAUACAUUUUAUUAACC